AUGGCGGUGCUUUUCCCACGACUUCUUCUCCGGUGCGGUGCAGCGCGGUGCCAUGCAAAGCGGCUGCGCUGCGUUGUGCACGACAUCCACAUGAUCGAGCCUCGCAUCGCCUGCAUGGCUGCCCUACAGGGGCGGACGAGCAUCACGCACAUGAACGAGGCAACGAUGGGUUCGUCUGCGGGAUGUGAGGCAUGCGGGGAUCCGGAUCGUGGGGACGGGUUUGAACUCAGCCGCGGCCGCCCUUGA